UGAUUAAAGGGCCAAUUAAAUCAAUGCAGCUGGCGAUAAAAGCUGUUUUUUAUUAUUCAUUAAUAAAGUCAUUUGACGAAUUGAGAUUAUCAUAUAGAAAAGCUGCUUAAAUUAUAACCUUAUUACUAAUAUUUUAUGAUUCUCGUCUGCCUUAAGCUAAUACAUUAUAUAUUUUUUAUCGUUAAUAUGUUAUCACUUCCAUCUAACCCAACUUGAUGUUAUGAUUGUUUAUAUUUCCACAAUGAUCAGCUGUAUCAAAUAACAAUUUUAUAUAUUCACCAUCAUAUGUAUAUAUAUAGGUGGUAAUUUUUUGGGACAUGUCACUCUAUAGUGUUUACUGCUUUUAUUUGUGAUAGCUUAAUAUAAAUUAUUAAAACAUGUGUAUGUCAAUUGAGUGCCAAAUUCAAAGUAUAUGCUUAAAAUCAUGUAAGAUAAGAUUUUCCUUACUUCAUGUUUCGCUUUUGACUUUAUGUUUACAAAUAAUUAGCUGUGUUGGAGCAGGCCUUCACACAAAUGAAUUUGCUGUACAAAUUCCUGAUGGAGAAGAUGCAGCAAAUGAAAUUGCAUCAAAAUAUGGAUUUAUUAACAAAGGCCAGAUUGGAUCUUUGAAGGGAUAUUACCUUUUUGAGCAUCAUGCUAUUGAGAAAAGAUCAUUAUCACCUAGUUUAUUUCACUCAGAGCAGCUGCAAAAUGAUCCUUCGGUUCAAUGGUGUGAACAGCAAGAAGUCAGGAAGAGAGUUAAAAGAAGUACUUCAAACUCUUUUACUGGAUUCAAGGAUCCCCUAUAUUCAGAGCAAUGGUUUCUUCAUGGUGGAGGCUUUGGUGGUAAUGACAUGAAUGUCAUUCCCGCAUGGAUGGAAGGAUACUCGGGAAAAGGAGUUGUCGUCAGCAUUUUGGAUGAUGGUAUACAAAGUAAUCACCCUGAUUUGGUUCAAAAUUAUGAUGCAAGAGCUAGCUGGGAUAUCAAUGAUGCAGAUUCUGAUCCAAACCCUCAAGACGAUGAUGAUAAUAAACAUGGCACUAGAUGUGCAGGAGAAGUAGCGGCCACUGCUAAUAAUGAAUUUUGCGGUGUUGGUAUUGCAUACAAUUCAAGUAUUGGUGGUGUGCGUAUGUUAGAUGGACCAGUUACUGAUACAAUUGAAGCUACUGCCUUAAGUUUAAAUCCAGACCAUAUUCAUAUUUAUAGUGCUUCUUGGGGACCAGAAGAUGACGGUAAGACGGUCGACGGUCCGGGAAAACUGGCUAGAGCUGCAUUCGAAGAUGGCAUUUUCAAUGGAAGAUCAGGCUUAGGGUCUAUAUUUGUGUGGGCUUCCGGAAAUGGUGGUCGUUACAGUGAUAACUGUAACUGUGAUGGCUAUACAAAUUCCAUCUAUACUAUUUCAGUUAGUAGUGCUACUCAAAGCGGACUUAUGCCCUGGUACUUGGAACAGUGCUCAUCUACUCUAGCAACUACUUACAGUAGUGGUGCUUCUAAUAGGGACCAAAACAUUGUAACUGUUGAUGUUAGCUUUUCUUAUCAAAGAAAAUUGCAGAGAAACAUGAAUCCCGAUCCUUCUGAAGUCUGUACAAGAAGUCAUACUGGUACUUCAGCUUCUGCUCCAAUUGCAGCUGCAAUUUGUGCUCUUGCUUUAGAGGCAAAUCCAAGACUAACUUGGAGAGAUAUGCAGUACAUAACAGUAUUGACAUCCAGGUAUGAGCCAUUAUCGAAAGAAGCGGGUUGGAUUACAAAUGGCAUUGGCAGAAAAGUUAGUACAAAAUUUGGAUAUGGAUUGAUGGAUGCUGCUGCCAUGGUGAGGCUUGCCAGAGGAUGGAAAACAUUACCUGAGCAACAUAUUUGCAUUAAUCCACCCGAUACCACAGAAAGAGUUAUUCCUUCCUCUUAUGGGAGUAUAGUAGAAGCAACUAUAACAACAAAUGGCUGCAGCAAUACCAGAAAUGAUGUCCGUUACUUGGAACAUGUUCAAGUGAAAAUUUCUCUCUUUUUUGUGCCUCGGGGGAAUUUACACAUAACAUUAAUAUCACCGUCAGAUACACAAUCUGAAAUUCUUCUACCAAGACCCCGUGAUAAAAUAGAAGGUUAUUUUAGAGAUUGGCCUUUUAUGUCUGUACAUUUUUGGGGUGAAUCACCUCAUGGAACUUGGAAGCUUAUGAUUGCAAAUGAUGGUGGUCUCGAGACUAUGGAAUCAGGCAAGCUUACAAACUGGUCUUUAAUUUUUUAUGGAACUGAGAAGGUACCUUAUGAAAGAUUUAGUUUGCGAGAGUCUGAACAGGAUAAUUCAGCACGAAGACAUACUUUAGUUCGUGGCAUUACAGAAUUGAAUGAGCCAUAUAUUAACAAAUGUGCUAUGCUUGGUGAGUUUGAAGUUGCUAUGGAUGAUGAACAAACUGAAUGCCGGAGAAAAUGUCCAGAUGGUCAAUAUGGAAGCCUGAAAGAUUUUACUUGUUACAUGUGUGACAAAUCUUGUUCUUCUUGUUAUGGACCCUCUUAUAAUAAUUGCUUAUCAUGUUCGAGGCAUUUUCUGUUGAAGGGCACUUGUGUACAAUCAUGUCCUGAUGGUUACUUUUCAGAAGGAGUUAUUCCUAUGAAUUACUGUUAUCCGUGUCUGUCAUCUUGUUCGUCUUGUCAGUCUCUUGAUACCUGUGAUUCAUGCAAAAAUGGAUUUGUUUUGUAUAAUCAUAAAUGUUUAUCAACUUGCCCUGAGGGGACGUUCAGAGAUCAAGAUGUAUGUGGAAGGUGUGAUAGAUCUUGUGCUUCCUGUUAUGGUUCUCAAGCACAUAACUGUUUGAGUUGUCUUCCUCCAUAUGUUUUACACAACAAUACUUGUCAUCAACAUUGUCCUCAAGGUUAUUAUGCAAACCGUGACGAUUAUGUUUGCACAAAGUGCCACUGGUCAUGUGACUCAUGUAGGGAUGGAGAUUCAUGUACUAGCUGUAAAAUCGAUUGGGAGCUCGAUUCCUCAGAAUUUUGCUCAUAUGUAGGUUCUAACUGCAGAAAAGGUUGGAAUAACCCGGGUAUUGCUUGUGAACCUUGUCAUACUCAUUGUGAGCAAUGUUCAGGUCCUGGAGCCCAAGACUGUGUUCGUUGUGAACAAGGGUACUUGUGGCUGGAAGGUCAGUGUGUGGAAAAAUGUCCUACAGAUUAUUAUGCAUCCCAAGAUGAAUGCAGGGGUUGCGACAAGCAUUGCACAAAAUGCAGUAAUAGUGAAUGUCUUGCAUGUGCUAAAAACCUUCUUUACCACAAAGGAAGAUGUUUGCAUUCUUGUCCUGAUGGGUAUUUUGACGAUUCAAAAGGGAAAUGUGAAAUUUGCCACUCAGACUGUACAACCUGCAUUGGUGGCUCAAAGCAAAACUGCACUUCAUGUUCUCCAAACUUGUAUCUGAAUGAUAAGUCUUGUGAUAAAAAUUGUGCCGAUGGCUACUAUUCAUCACCUUCUGAAAACAAAGGAGAAUGCAUGUCAUGCUAUCCCACUUGUAAAAGCUGCUCAGAAUUUGGACCUUUGUUUUGUGCAACCUGCUAUAGUAACUCAACGUUUUCUGAGGGUGCUUGUAUUCCAUGUUUAGAUGGAGAAUUUUAUAAUAAGAGAAGAAAGAAUUGUGAACGGUGUCACCCUAAGUGUGGUCGAUGUUAUGGUCCUUCUGAGAAUAAUUGCCUGUCUUGCUUUGCACCUUUGAGAUUAGAUGAAGUAAAACAUUUGUGUCUACCUUGCUGUGAUGGAACUCAGAAAAAACCAGAUUGCUGCUCUUGCAGUGCUGAUUUAGAUAUCUGUGUUAAUUCUGAUCAUCCUCGAAGCAUUCUCCUGAACUAUCCGACUGAAGAUUAUGAUGAAGUAGUGAUUCCAAUGAGACACGUGGUACCAAUUGUGAUAGCCAUAUGCUCCUCCGUAGUUCUUCUGUAUGUCCUCUUGUUUGGUAUUCUUCAAGCCAACUCAAUGGGCUGGUGUCGUCUUAAAUCGAGAGUUCAACAGUACGAGCGUGUGCCCAGUAAUUCGGCGGUUAAGUUUGAGACGGAGAUGGAAAAAAUAUCUCUCACUCAGGGUGACUUGGAGGAGGAAGAUGAUAUUUAUGAAAAAGUUUAAAUCAGGGUUGGUACUAUUGGGGACAUUUUUAUCCGGUUUUGACCAUGGUUCGAACUGUCAUAUCAAAAAGGUGUGAGCUGUAAAAAAAAAAAAGACAUAUAUUUUCAUUAUCGAUAUUUUUGACAUUUUAAAAGCUCUUAUAUGAGGGGUUCCUAGAUAACUGCUCUUUAGACCCUUGUCAGAAAUGAGGUAAACAAAAGCAUACACAUUCGAGGACACAGUUUUAUGUUCAAGUUACAAAAAGGCUACGAGUAUCACUAUUGAGGAAAGUGGUGCUGAAAGGAAACUUAUCAAUGUUUCUCUUCUAGAGCUAACAAAAGUUAAAAGGAGACUGGUAAAAGCACAUCCAAGUUUUGUUUGGCAAUUAAACUGGAUUUGGUAGUUAUCCUGCCUUCCUCACUAGUGAUAAUAAAAUUUCGAUGGAAUUUUUGUUUCUUCCUCUCUUAAAUAUAGAUUUGCGAUUCCUAUUGUGUAUUCUUUUGCAACUUCAUUUUUAAAGAUGAUUUUAAAUGUACACAUUAAGGGUAGUCAUUACGGAACACCGUGUUUCAUUAUGUGACCUGAAUAUUUAGUUUUUAUUUUGCUUUAAAAAUAUACUUUUUAAUUUUAUGUUGCAAUUUCUUUUUAAUGACAAGUCAAACAUAGACUAUUUGACAUUUUAUUUUAUCAUUUAAUUAUAAUAAUAAUUUAUUUUUUUCUUUCUUCAAAUUUUUGACAGUUAUAUGUGGUUAAAACCUGGUUUUCAGAAAUCAAUUUUUUGAAGUAAAACUGCCAACCCUGGUAUGGAUGGAUAAAAAAAACUAUACCUUCACUAUGGUGCCUCCUGAUCAAAUUAAGUCUUUCAUAACUUAAAUGUGCUAUCAUUAAAAAAAAAUAUAUGUGACUUAAAUAUUUUUAUAUUUAUUUCUAUUAUAAAUAGAGUAUUGUUGCUUAGUUUUUAGAUUUUAUUGAAUUAUUUAUUCAAUGCUUUUAUGAGCUUUUAUUUUCCUUAUAUGACUUCAUAUCAACAAAUCAUACUGUAGCUGAUCAUUAAAACAACAUGAAAUUUAGUAUUUCAUUUAAAUUUAGGAAAAAAAAGAAGCAAUUAUUUUUAUUAUUGUAUCUUUACUCAAGGUAUUCUGAAUCAGGUUGACAAUUAUCAAAAAUAUAUAGCAUGGAAACGGUUAAAGUUGGAAGGAAAAAAACAAUAAUUCUUGCUGCAGGCUCAUGUGAUAUUGUAUAAAGUUUCCUCUUAGAUUUCUUAGUUUCAGUUCAAGAAAAUUUCAGCAGAUGGCACAGCAAGUCUCUACUACUGUUCUUACUAGUGAUUUCGUAAUUUCGUUCUCCGAUUGCGAUUUGUGAUUGAUUGCAACUGAUAAAGGAUUUGAUAUUCAUUCUUAAAAAUAUUUGUCCCGCAGUGGACUGAGCGUUAAGACACGGUUCCCAGCAGAUCAUCGAAGUCAAGCAUCACUGGCUACGGUCAGUGUGGGGGUGGGCGACCACUUUGAAUAGUCUGUGUAGGGACUGAGGGUGUGCGGUAUUAGUCCUUGUUAAACUGUUCUACAGUAAAGUGCUCGACUUCGCGUGCAGGUCGCCAUCCACUCUGCAGAGGAUCGAAAUUAUGGGGGCAUGUCUUCGGAUCAUCCUCAGGGAUGUUUCCCAGACAGUGGCUAAUAGUCCAUUGUGCAACUCUAGUGCGGCGUAAAUAAACUACAACUACAAUAACUUUUUAAAAAAAAAUUUUAAUGUGAUGCAAUUUCUAAUCAUUUAUCUUUGAUUGACAGAUUAACUUUCUACAGUGCCAUCUGUCAAUAAAUUUUCGAACUAAAGCUAGGAACUCUUUAAAUGAAAUUUUCUUAUUAACAUGCUUGUCGUAUUAGUCGCACGAGUGAUCUACAAAAUAUUUUAAUUAACCUUGAAGCAAAAAUGGAAGCUGAGAUACCUUAUUAAAUGCGUAUUUGAUUUUAAGCUGUGAGAAAUAUCUUUUUCAAGCAAACUCUUGGAUUUGGUCACCUAACAUUUUGUUUGUGACUGAACUUUUCUAAAACUUAAACAAAAUUGUAGUUAUUGAUUCUUAAAACAUUUGUGUUUAAUAUUGAUUUGCUUCUUCAACAUUUUAUUAUAGCUAGAUUGUGAUGAAGAAUGUUGUGUUAUUUAAUCUAUGUUUUAAAAGUGUGGAAUGAGCCUUUUUAAUCUUCAACUGCUGAUACAACAGUUGGAUUAGAAUAACAGGCUUUAACCCGUUAAGCGCUAUACCGCCAUAAGUAAAAGGUUGUGUUGUGAAUAUGUUGGGUAUUGUUGAAUUUUUGAUACAAACUUUAGAUUUUGACCCGAAGGAAUUAAAAACUGAAAAUUAAAUUGUAUAUAUCAAAAUAUAUUACAGCUUUUAGUAAAAAUAUUUAUUGUGAGCAUAAUUAUUUUUUAUUUAGUUUUUUAUUGCUUUCAAUUGUUUCAGACUGUGUACUUGAAACACUAUCAAUUGAUGUUGUCAAAUAUGACAACAUUUAUUAAUUUAAUCAAUAUUUUUAAUUUGGAUAUUUGCUUUUAUUCUGCACUGAUAUUUAUUUCAUCACUGACCUACCUUCUUCUACCCAAUAAUAUAACUUUGAAACUUAUUUAAUUUCGUAAGAAUUUGAUAUAAAAAAUAUAAUACACAGUUUUUGCAAAAAUGAUUUAAAUUCAAUUUUGAAAAAAUGCUGUGAGAAAAGUUUUAUCUUUUUAAAUGCAUUGUUGAUAUAAAUUUUUUGAAUUAUUUAUUCAUUAUCUGUAGACAUCGAAUUUCGGAGCUGUGUUCUUUUUUUCAGUAACUUCAUCAUUUGUCGAUCUUGAAUUGCUGCAGGCAGUGCCAAUGUUUUACAAAAAUUUUAAAAGUAUUUCCCCAACAAUUAAGUUUCACUCUUUAAAUCUUGACAUAUUGCAAUA